GAACAAUGAAGGAUGCUACGACGCCGUUUCCUCUCCUCUGUAAUCUUCUUCAGCGAGGCUGUUGCAUCCCCAUGCCCUAUUCCACCAUUUCUCCCCUGUAUUCAGUGAAGCAACCCAUACCGUGAACUUUUUUAGUGUGGUUUAUAUAUAUGUAGAUAAGCUACAUUGCUGGAGUAGCUAUCAAAUGGGGCGCCGCAACUCUGUCUCUCCUGUCAGAACUGAUAGGUCUCCUCGUAGGAGAAGCCCAUCUAGAAGAGAAAGAUCUCCUGCUCGUGAAAAAGGGAAAUCUCCUCCCAAGCACAGGAGUUCUAAUGCAGACAGGCUUUCAAGUCGUACUAGAUCACCGAAACGUGCUAGAUCAAGAUCUCCUGCAUCUCAUUCACCUGUGAGGGAGAGACUUCACACUCGCACCAAACCCCCACACCCGAAAAAAUCACCAUCUCGUUCCCCUGUUCAUGCUAAACAAAAGACUUCAAGCCGUACUAGAUCUCCAAAUCAGGAGAAAUCAAGGUCUCUGCCGCCUCUUUCACCACGUAGUAAAAGACUGAAAAGAGCUAAAUCUGAACGAGAUGCUGAUAAAGGGAGCGAGAGGGAAUACGAGAAAAAUCACAAUAGGAAGAGUGGAAAGGCUGCUCGUGAGGAAGAGGAAUUGGACAGGCAUUUGCCAACUGAGAAGAAAGAGAGAAGGUCAGGAAGGGAUGAUGCUGGUAAUAGUUCUAGAUCCAGACACGAACGCUCCCAUUCACCUUCUGAUCGUCGCCGCAUGGGACAGCGAAGAUCUAGAUCUCCUUCUGCCGCUGACAACAGAGGACGUAAUGAGCUGACGAACUCAAGAGAUGAUGAAGAUCGCAGUAACGGUGAAAGCGAGGCUCUAGUUAAGAUGAGGGCUGUGGAAGAGUCCUUGGAAGCAAAGGAAAAGCAGCAUAAACCUUCAUUUGAGUUGUCUGGAAAACUUGCAGCAGAAACCAAUCGAGUAAAAGGUGUAACACUGCUGUUCAAUGAGCCGCCUGAUGCUCGCAAACCAGAAGUAAGGUGGCGCUUGUAUGUUUUCAAGGGUGGUGAAGUGCUCAAUGAUCCUCUUUAUGUACACCGUCAAAGUUGCUAUCUUUUUGGCAGAGAGAGAAGGGUUGCAGACAUCCCAACAGAUCAUCCAUCCUGCAGUAAACAACAUUCUGUUCUUCAGUAUAGGCAAGUGGAAGAGGAAAACCCAGAUGGUGGCGUGACAAAACGAGUGAGGCCUUACUUGAUGGAUCUUGGAAGCACCAAUGGGACUUUUGUCAAUGAUGAGCGGCUUGAAUCUCAGCGAUAUUAUGAACUAUUUGAGAAAGACACUAUCAAAUUUGGCAAUAGCAGCCGCGAGUAUGUUCUGCUGCAUGAGAAUUCUACUGGGUGAUGCUAUCUCUUCCCCGCCAAAAAAGCAUUCGGAAAUUGCCAUUCUGUGAUACCAAGUUGUCUGUAGGAUGAAACAAACUAUCGGCUGCAGUCUUUGCUCAAGUAUUCUCAUGUUGCCAUUAUAAAAAGACUGAAUAUACUGAAGCCAAGCUUGUUUUAUGAGCAAGGGCUCUCUUUACUCGUAAAUUAAGUGGAAUGUUGCACUCAAAUUUAACUGAGGUUUCAUUACACAUUUGUAAUUUGUAAAUUGAUGAAAUCGAAAUAUCAAGUUGAUGAAAA